UAUGAGAUUUCAAGAUUUGAUGUUUUGAUCUUUUUAUAAAUAUCUCGCGAGUUUAUGUGAUAUUCGGACGUGACUUCUUGAUCUUCAAGAAUACCCCCAAGGAUAUUAAAAGAAAAAAAAAAAAACUUACAGGUGAAAGCAUUCACUCCUCUACAACCACCACUGCAUGUUUAUAAACCCUUUCAUCCCCCCUUUCAUCUGGCAUCAUCAACAAAAAAAGAAUAAUACAGGAAAAUGGCUGAUGAGCUUAGGAUAUUUUCUUGGACAAUAUCAUUUGUAGUGUUUUUGUUAGUGAAUGUUGCAACUUGUCAAGAUGCAGGAGAUGGAAGAAUGUCUUUGGUUCCUGCCAUGUUUAUAUUUGGAGACUCUUUGAUUGACAAUGGCAAUAACAAUAACUUGCCAUCUUUUGCAAAGGCCAACUAUUUCCCUUAUGGUAUUGAUUUUGAUGGUGGCCCUACUGGUCGUUUCUCCAAUGGUUACACUAUGGUUGAUGAAAUUGCCUCUCUACCUCCAAAGGUAGCGGUAAGGUUUGCAUACACUUCACCGGCUGAACUACUAGGACUACCACUAAUUCCAGCACACUCCCAAGCUUCUUCGGGGGACCAAAUGCGGUUUGGAGUGAACUAUGCAUCUGCUGCUGCUGGAAUUCUUGAUAAUACUGGCAGGAACUUUGUUGGGCGCAUCCCAUUCAAUCAGCAAAUACAAAACUUUGAGAGCACACUUGAUCAAAUAACAGAUAAUCUUGGUGCACCAGAUGUGGCACAGGCAUUAGCAAAAUGCAUGUUCUUUGUGGGGAUGGGAAGUAAUGACUACCUCAACAAUUAUCUUAUGCCUAAUUAUGACACUAAGAAUCACUAUAAUGCUCAGCAAUUUGCCAAUCUCUUGGUUCAGCAGUAUACCCAACAACUUAUGAGAUUGUAUAAUCUUGGAGCAAGAAAAUUUGUGAUUGGUGGAGUAGGACUAAUGGGUUGCAUUCCAAGCAUUCUAGCACAAAAGAAUACAAAUGUGUGCUCAGAAGAAGUGAAUCAGCUUGUUCUUCCAUUCAGUAAUAAUGUCAAGUCAAUGCUUAGCAACUUAAAUGUCAAUCUUCCUGGUUCCAAAUUCAUCUACAUUGACAUUAAGAACAUGUUCCAAGAUCUCCUUACCAAUUACAGACGAUAUGGAUUUAGCGUGAUAAAUAGAGGAUGCUGCGGGAUAGGGAGAAACAGAGGACAAAUAACAUGUCUGCCAAUGCAAACACCAUGUCCAAAUAGGGAUCAAUACAUAUUUUGGGAUGCAUUUCAUCCGACAGAGGCAGUCAACAUAUUGUUUGCAAGGAAAGCUUUUAAUGGUGGUCCUGAUGUUGUUUAUCCCAUUAACAUUCAGCAGCUUGCCAGUCUUUAAUUAAGCUUUUGCGCUGUGUGUCUGUGUAUUUUGCUAUACUUGGUUGAGAAAAUAUUCUGAUUGUGUGUGAAGGAAGAUCCGCUGAAAAUUGCAGUGGGACUGAGGCAUUUGCUCAUGUACUAUGGUGUGUCAGAAUUGGAAAAACUUUAAUUGUCUCUA